CUGGGGUCGGCCCCGCCCUGGCGGCUCCCUGCCACCCUCUCGCGGGCGCGCUCUGGGUGGGGCCUCGCGGCGGGUGGAGAUGCGGCCGAGUGUGCUGGGCGGGUGAAGCGAGCCGGCUGGGCGGCGCGCUGGGGCAGCCAGAGCCGCGCGCCGCGUCGCUGUAAUCGGACACCCGAGCGCUCGCCCCAUGCGCCGGCCACUUUCCAUUCACUUCAUAGUGCUUGAUUGAGCGACGCAGAGCAGGGCUCCCGGUGCCGCGCCACUGCAACGCUGAGGAUUCCUUUACAAAGAAACUCAGAGGACCGGGAAGAAAGAAUUUCACCUCUGGGACGCCCUAGAAAUUACGGUCUUUGGGGAAAAGGACUACAAACACGCGGAUCCAAACCUGUAGCAAAUUGACUUUUCCGUGCUGAUCUCGUCCCACAUCGGUAUUUUCCCUUGGAUAUUAACUUGUAAACCUGAAGAAAUGGCAUUCCAGGCAAUUUGGGUCUUGGUUGGAGUAUUUGUUUGUUCUACCUGUGUAAAAGGAUCAUCUCAGCCCCAAGCAAGAGUUUACUUAACAUUUGAUGAGCUUCGAGAAACCAAGACCUCUGAAUACUUCAGCCUAACUCACCACCCUUUAGACUACAGGAUAUUAUUAAUGGAUGAAGAUCAGGACCGGAUAUAUGUGGGCAGCAAAGAUCACAUUCUUUCCUUGAAUAUUAACAACAUAAGCCAAGAACCUUUGAGUGUUUUCUGGCCAGCAUCUGCAAUCAAAGUUGAAGAGUGCAAAAUGGCUGGCAAAGAUCCCACACAUGGCUGCGGGAACUUUGUCCGUGUAAUUCAGGCUUUCAACCGCACACAUUUGUAUGUUUGUGGGAGUGGUGCUUUCAGCCCAGUCUGUACUUAUUUGAACAGAGGGAGGAGAUCAGAGGACCAAGUUUUCAUGAUUGACUCCAAGUGUGAAUCCGGAAAAGGACGCUGCUCUUUCAACCCCAAUGUGAACACAGUGUCUGUUAUGAUCAAUGAGGAGCUUUUCUCUGCAAUGUAUAUAGAUUUCAUGGGAACAGAUGCAGCUAUUUUUCGAAGUUUAACCAAGAGGAAUGCAGUCAGAACUGAUCAACACAAUUCCAAAUGGCUAAGUGAACCUAUGUUUGUGGAUGCACAUGUUAUCCCAGAUGGCACUGAUCCAAAUGAUGCUAAGGUGUACUUCUUCUUCAAAGAGAAACUGACCGACAAUAGCAGAAGCACAAAACAGAUUCAUUCCAUGAUUGCUAGAAUAUGUCCUAAUGACACUGGUGGACUGCGUAGCCUUGUCAACAAGUGGACUACCUUCUUAAAAGCGAGGCUGGUAUGCUCGGUAACUGAUGAAGAUGGCCCAGAAACACACUUUGAUGAACUAGAGGAUGUGUUUCUGCUGGAAACUGAUAACCCAAGGACAACACUAGUGUAUGGCAUUUUUACAACAUCAAGCUCAGUUUUUAAAGGAUCAGCAGUGUGUGUGUAUCAUUUAUCUGAUAUACAGACUGUGUUUAAUGGGCCUUUUGCCCACAAAGAAGGGCCCAAUCAUCAGCUGAUUUCCUACCAGGGUAGAAUUCCUUAUCCUCGCCCUGGAACUUGCCCAGGAGGAGCAUUUACACCCAAUAUGCGAACCACCAAGGAGUUCCCAGACGAUGUUGUCACUUUUAUUCGGAACCACCCUCUCAUGUACAAUUCCAUCUACCCAAUCCACAGAAGGCCUUUGAUUGUUCGUACAGGCACUGACUAUAAGUACACAAAAAUAGCUGUGGAUCGAGUGAAUGCUGCUGAUGGUAGAUACCAUGUUCUGUUUCUCGGAACAGAUCGAGGUACUGUGCAGAAGGUUGUUGUUCUUCCUUCUAACAGCUCUGCCAGCGGUGAGCUCAUUCUGGAGGAGUUGGAAGUCUUUAAGAAUCAUGCUCCUAUAACAACAAUGAAAAUUUCAUCCAAAAAGCAACAGUUGUAUGUGAGCUCCAAUGAAGGACUUUCCCAAGUGUCUCUGCAUCGCUGCCACAUCUACGGUACAGCCUGUGCUGACUGCUGCCUGGCAAGAGACCCUUACUGCGCCUGGGAUGGCCAUGCUUGCUCUAGGUUCUAUCCAACCGGGAAACGGAGGAGCCGACGACAAGAUGUGAGACAUGGAAAUCCAUUGACUCAAUGCAGAGGAUUUAAUCUAAAAGCAUAUAGAAAUGCAGCUGAAAUUGUUCAGUAUGGAGUAAAAAAUAACACCACUUUCCUUGAGUGUGUCCCCAAGUCUCCACAGGCAUCUAUCAAGUGGUUGUUACAGAAAGACGAGGACAGGAGGAAAGAGGUCAAGCUGAAUGAGCGAAUCAUAGCCACUUCACAAGGACUCCUGAUCCGCUCUGUUCAGAAUUCUGACCAAGGACUGUAUCACUGCAUCGCAACAGAAAACAGCUUCAAGCAGACCAUAGCCAAGAUCAACUUUAAAGUUUUAGAUUCCGAAAUGGUGGCUGUUGUUACAGACAAAUGGUCUCCAUGGACCUGGGCCAGCUCUGUGAGGGCUUUACCCUUCCACCCAAAGGACAUCAUGGGGGCGUUCAGCCACUCAGAAAUGCAGAUGAUUAAUCAGUACUGCAAAGAUACUCGGCAGCAACAUCAACACGGAGAAGAAUCCCAGAAGAUGAGAGGGGACUAUGGCAAGUUAAAGGCUCUCAUCAAUAGCCGGAAAAGUAGAAAUAGGAGGAAUCAGCUGCCAGAGUCAUAAUGUUUUCUUAAAUGGGGCUUAUGCUUCCAUCAGUAAAUGAUCUGUCUUCAGUGAUCAACUUCUGAGCAAAGAAUCUUGUGCUUUACCCAUGGGAAAUUCCUGAGAAAGGGGGUUACUCACUCCUAAAGGUGAACGUUACAUGAACUGAAAUGAAUAUGCAUUUUCUUGUAUGAUAUUGACUAGCACUAGACAUGUCAUGGUCCUCAUGGUGCAUAGAAAUAUUUAACUUAACCUAGAUUUUAUUUAUAUCUUUAUUUACCUUUUCUUCAAAACCAAUAUGGCGACUAUAAAACUAGAAUUCUUACAUCCCUUAAUUGAACUAGGGCCAUAACCUGUGACCUUCCAUCCUUGCUUUAAGGGUUUAGAGUUCUGUCAAUCAUUUGUAUACAAGACCAAAUGCCAAGUUCACAAUUUUUACAUAGUAAAAGUUAUAUAAAUGCAUGUGACAGAGUAGUUGUCAAAAGAAAUGUAGAAUAGAAAAGAGACAAGGAAGAGGAAAUCUAAAACAUGAGCGAUUUUCAUAAAAAGAUAACAUGGAGUUUAUGUGCUUCCAGUGAAAUAUAGUAUUGGUUACUUUUAAGAUUGCAAAAUUAUCAGUUUUUGAUAUCUGUCAUUGAUCUCUGUUCCCUUGUUUCAGGAAGAUAAAAGGACACCUAACCAUUAAUAUCUUUAAUUGGAAUUAUGUCAGUGAAGCAUUUAAAUUUAUAUUGUUAUGUAAUCGUCUUCCAAACAAAAGCACUUUCUUUUUUGGAAGUUAUUCUAGAUUCAGAGAAUAUAAUCUUACACAGUUUAAUUGAUAAAUGUGUUUAUUCUAAUUUUCUAGUUUGUAUGGCAUUCUAAAAAAUGUAAGAAGAAAUUUCUUUUGAAAUAUCAAACUUGUAUAUGAGGGCUGAAACCAUCAAAAUGGAAAAAAAAAUAGAAAAAAACAAGGUAGAAAAUGCAGUUUUAUUGACAGAAGUUUAUUAAAAAUGUUACUAAUUUUUAACUUCAAUAAUUAAUUUCAAUGAUUAACUCACUUUUUUUUGUUUACCAACCUCAGAUAUCAUACUGAUUUUUAAGUCACCGAUUCUUUUUUUUUUUUAAUACUCUUUCAUGUAUGCUGGAGAGAUGCUCAUUUUGUGGAGAAGUGAGAAAAAUUCUAAUUUGAACAAAAAUAGACAUACUUUAUUUUAAAAGAAUGUUGGUACAUUAUGUUCACUGGUAUAUAAAUACAAAUGUGGUAAGUUUGUGAUGAAUAAAAUAACUAUCUUCUAAUUGUA